AUGAAAUACCUCAUUCAUGAAGUUGGCGAUCCUUUCAAGAACUUUGGACGUAGCAGACUAUGGGGCGAUCAUUUACAGCAGAGUCUUGUGGAUCGCCUCUCUUCGACAACUCGAUCCAAGCUUGAUGCUCUUCGCACAGCAGAUGAAGAGCAUCUGCGACGCAUUGGCGCCUUGGACUGGCCCGAAGUCGCGCUAAGUCAAGAGCUUAUCGAUGUCUUUUUCGAUUAUGUGUAUCCCUUCUUUCCAAUAUUUGACAAGACCGAAUUUUCAUCUGCAUACGAACGAGAUCACAUUUCACCAUUGGUCCUGAAUGCCUUGUUCUGCGUCUCCACUAUCCACUGUUCCGAAGACCUAAUCAAAAGCCUGGGAUACGAUUGUCGCUAUCUUGCCUGCUCAACCUUCUACCACCGUGCCAAGGCUCUGCAUGACAGUAACUAUGAGACCGAUGGUAUCGCUAUCAUUCAAGCAUGCAUCUUGUUGAUGAACUGGUGGCAAGGCCCAAUGGAGCAGAAGGAUACCUGGUACUGGUUGGGAGUGAGCUCCAACCUGGCGCAAGCGCUUGGCAUGCACAGAGCGAAAUCUUACCAGAUCCUUGGUGAUGGUCGACAGAAGCUCUGGAAAAGAAUCUGGUGGGCGCUGUUUAUCAAUGACAUUCACCAUGCUGCUGUCUUUGGUCGCCCGCCACAUAUCCAUUCACAGUACACCGAUGUUCAGGCUCUUGAGUCAAGUGACAUGCCAGCUUCGGAGUCCACGCACCCAGAUGCUGGACAAUCAAAUCUCUUCCUGGUCAAUUACUGCCGGCUUGCAAUUCUCGUCGACAAAUGCCUAAUCGGAAAGUACUCUGCAGCUGCAAGCUCGGAGAUGAAAAGUGAAGCACUGCACGCGCUGAAGGGCUUUUCUGCCACACUUUCCAGCAACAACACUGAUGCGGAUGGCUCCCUUACGACAAGUAGAGGGUUCUAUCCUGCCGUGCUUAGCCUAAUUCAUCUCGACUACUCAAUCGUGGUCGAACGGAUGCUGUUGCCGGACAUAAAUGCGCCAUCUUCUACCGCAAUGCAAUCAUACUUCAAGUCUGCAGGUUCCAUCUGCCGGCUGUUGGAGGACCUGUUGUCAAGUUCUUCGGCCUUGGUGGUUCGAUUGCCAUAUGUUGCUUUUCCGGCCAUCUUCUGUUCAAUACUCGUCCACAUCAUCUAUCUACGAAAGCAGUCAGGCAGUAUUCGUCUGGUAGCAGAAAGUCGAGCACGACUGGCAAUGCUCGUUUUAGAUCAGCUCCAGGACAGGUGGCCCUUCGUUGUGUGGACACGCUAUCUGCUAGAUGUCCUUCUGAAGAACACCGACUCGCCAGCACUAUCGUCGUCCGAAAACGGCCCGCAUAACGAGCACCAUCGACCAUCUAUGCUUGCCAGUCGCUCAGGGACGGAGGAUGACGUGCUAGGGUUUGCUUCGUUGCCUGUUGGUCUUCAGCACAUUGUCAGCUCUACUGGGAGCACAGACCCAACGACAAAUUUGCACGAUACGCAUUCCAACGCACGCGAUCACCUGAGGUUCGACACAAGCAUGGACGGGACGUUGUCUCCGGUUCCUUUUAUGCUACCCUGGAACAGCUUGCUCGAAGAUGUUACAGAGUUCGAUCAAUGGCUUGUGUGA